CCUCCUCCCACUGCCCACUGCUCGCUUGGACUUCAAUCCAGAUCCAUGGUAUAUCAACCUAUACCCGUAUGCUCUUUUCUCCUACAACCUGAUCCUCCUCCUCUUCCCAGCUCUGAUCCCGUUUCUCAAUCUCUGGACUCGGAGUGAAGUCGCAACCAUGGUCUAUACUGCAUCUUUUGCCUUCUUCGAGGCUUUGUGGGAGGCGGGGGUUACCCAUGUUUUCGUCAAUUUGGGGUCCGAUCAUCCCUCCAUUCUAGAAGCGAUGGUCAAAGGCCAGAAGGAGAAACCCAACGAAUUUCCGAAGAUAGUAACAUGUCCUAACGAGAUGGUGGCUCUCUCCAUGGCCGAUGGUUACGCGCGUCUGACGGGCAAGCCGCAAUGUGUAAUUGUUCAUGUUGAUGUUGGAACGCAAGGUCUAGCUGCCGCUAUCCACAAUGCUUCUUGUGGUCGUGCUCCGGUCUUAAUCUUUGCCGGCCUCUCGCCCUAUACCAUUGAAGGGGAGAUGCGUGGUUCUCGCACUGAGUACAUCCACUGGAUUCAGGAUGUGCCAGACCAGAAGCAGAUUGUCUCGCAGUAUUGUCGUUAUGCGGGAGAGAUCCGCUCGGGGAAGAACAUCAAGCAGAUGGUGAAUCGCGCCUUGCAGUUUGCCAUGAGCGACCCUCAGGGCCCUGUCUACUUGGCGGGUGCUCGAGAGGUCAUGGAAGAGGAGAUCACGCCGUACUCGAUCAACCAGAAGCAGUGGGUCCGAGUCACUCCAUCCGCAUUACCUUCGGAAGGAGUGGAGUUGAUUGCCACGGAGCUCGCAGCUGCCAAGCAGCCACUGGCGAUAGUAGGAUACUCAGGCCGCAAUCCCCAGGCAGUGAAGGAACUGGUCACUCUAGCCGACACCUUCAAGGGUCUUCGUGUUUUGGAUACAGGUGGAUGCGACAUGUGCUUUCCGGGAGACCACCCCGCGUCUCUCGGAUUGCGCUUUGGCGUUCAUGAUGCGAUCAAGACGGCGGACUUCAUUCUUGUCGCGGAUUGCGACGUUCCAUGGAUCCCGGCCAUCUGCAAGCCUUCCGACUCCGCCAAGAUCGUUCAUGUUGACGUGGACCCUCUUAAACAACAAAUCCCUGUGCACUACAUCAACUCGAGCGCAACCUUCCGGGCAGAGUCUGCAACAGCCUUCAAGCAGAUCAACGAGUACAUUGCAUCCGACUUUGCGCUACAACAAUCCAUCAACACGGCUGAAAAUAGGACCCGGGGCGAACGCCGCGAGCAUGAGUUCAGAAAGAUGCGCAAAGCGAUCGCGGACAUGGCCAUGAUCCCAGCAGGCGGAGAAAAUGCACCGUUGAACGCAUCCUACCUCAUUGCUCAAAUCCGAGGCGGAUGUCCCACUGACACCAUCUGGGCGAUCGAAUCUGUGACACUCACCGGCAUCGUCUCCGACCAGAUCGCCGCCACUCUUCCCAAAUCCUGGAUAAACUGCGGAGGCGGUGGUCUCGGGUGGUCCGGCGGCGGCGCCUUGGGCAUCAAGCUCGCGACUGAUUGCGAACACGGGGGCAAAAACAAGGGCAAAUUCGUCUGCCAGAUUGUCGGUGAUGGCACCUACCUUUUCUCGGUGCCUGGCUCCGUAUACUGGGUUGCCCGCCGGUACAACAUCCCCAUUCUGACUAUCGUCCUCAACAAUAAGGGCUGGAACGCGCCGCGCAGGAGUAUGCUCCUCGUCCACCCCAACGGCGAUGGCUCCCGGGCCACUAACGAGGACCUCAACAUCUCCUUUGCGCCCACUCCGGACUAUCCCGGCAUCGCGAAGGCUGCUUCCGGCGGUCAGUUUUGGGCGGCGCAGGCGUCGACCGUUGCGGAACUCCGCCGGCUGCUGCCUGAGGCCAUCAAGAGUGUGCAGAAUGGGACUACGGCUGUUUUGGAGGCGCAGCUGGAUGGAACGGAGGGGAAGUAUGUCGCUAAAGCCCUUCUCUGAAGUUCUUUCUCAACCUAUAGAGAUAGUACAGGCUCUUAGAUAGAUCCUGAAGCAAUAUUUAGGCAAGCGGAGUACAAGAUGGUGAAUCCAUU